GUGAUCGUGAGGGAUGUCAAUAUCUUGAGUCGGACCUCUCUCCAAACCAUGAUGACCAUCGGCCUAGUACAUGUUUCCAGCCUUUGCGAUGACGCAAUCCGCGGAGCCUCCCGGUUUUCCCCAAAAGUAUCCCCGUAUUCUUUUCUAAAGGAGACAAUUUUGUUCUCCUCAUUUGAUGAUGUAGGUGUGCUUUGUGAUUCUAGAGUCUUCCUCUUCUUGAAUGAGUAUCUUUUCAUGGGGAUUGAUUCCCAGUGAAGUUUGUGGACUUUCCUUAGAUCUUGAAUGUCAACAACUCAAUAAAUAGACAACUACUUCCAGCAGUAUGUAAAAAUAGAGAAUACAUCUUUAUUUUUUAUAAAAAGAGAAAGAACCGAGAGGAUGAGGAAUACGAACAUGGAAUAACGAGGUGGCUAUAGAAUAACAACAACUGGGUAGUGGCCGAAAACAAAUCACGAGGAAAAAAUCAUGGCUGAGCAAGCGGAUGCAAAGUCCCCAGAUGUGUCACCUGGCAACAGGCGGCUCGACAAGGGGCAGCCUUUUGACGAGCUGGCGAUCGAACAGAAACGAUACAGCAUCUUGGAUGUCAUGGACAGGUUACGAAAAGGCGUCAAACCGGUUAGUCGAUUACUCGUCGUUUCACAGGUAUAAUCUUGAUACGGGCCGUGGCCGUGGCUCUGGAACUGAAUAUUGUUGUUACUCAUACACCAUCGAAUAUAUCUUGUCUUUUCAUGCCGUCGGAUCACAAACGACAAAGACGCAAGGGGAUAGUAGUUUCAUUUCCGAGUUGUUCGAGCAGCAGUUUUUCUGUUCCAACAAACUUCAGCUUGCAGAAGGCGCGAAGGCACAAGACAUCGAAAACGAUUUUCGAGCAAAAAUAGCGAACUUCAACAAGCACGGGUCAAAUCCAGCAACGACGGUACUUGCAUGGAUACGUGUGUAGCUUUAGCCAACAGUAGAGCUACACAUAGAAAAGAAUUGUAUUUCAAUUGAGUAUGCAUUUUUUGAGAACCAAGACAAGGUCAUGCUUGUUUUCUCUACUAAUUUCAUCUACUAUCAUCCCACCAGGCCAUCCUUUCCGAAGUUACCGACUUUUCAGUCGACGACAUACUAAUAACGGGUCUGCUUUACGUGGUCGGAUCGUACCUAGUCCACUUUCUCGAGGCACCCAGCGAGCCACUGUUCUACGUGCUUCAAAACAUGCAUCCAAGCGUCGUCAAUACUAAAGUCAUGUAAUAUUGACAUACUAUUAUAGAUACAUAGAACUUAAAUUUUGAUGAGUUAAGCUCACCAAAAAAUUUAAUUAUGAAAACUACAAAGUUGUAACUUUAUUAACGUAGGGACAUGCAAGGAAGAGCAUCAUACUCAGAACCUAAUAUUUGUAAAAGAUCCGAUUUUGUAGUUGUACUUGCAGGUAUAUGACUGAGUGUCAUGGGAAACGAGUAACCAACGACUGGUCGUGUUUUCCAGGCGGUGCCAAAGCGGGCACCGUAAUUCCCGACGAGCCAUCAGCUGUGCAGAGGAUAUUUGGAGUGUACCACUUUACUUAUAAUUCUCUUCCUCUUGGUCCUUGAGUGUACCAUCUUGCUUUGAUGUUGUCAGAAAAGAUUACCAGCACAUUGAGGCAUUGAGCUUGAAUUUGAAAGUGCACUUAGAAAGGAGUAAUUCUUCUUGUUCUAGUUCCUUCCCUUACGUGCACACUUCAGGUACAAGAAAUUCAUGCAGCUCCAUCCAGAGGGCGCGCCACGAAAUGGUGCAGAAGACUAUAAGGAGGUUGCAGAUGGCUUUCCCCAUAUGGAAGAUAUCGCUAAGCUGAUGGAUCCCUCUCUGAAUCCAGAUGCCUUCGUACUAGAGGAAUUCCUUAGUUUCUACUGCGUCGGUGGAUUCGCCAAUGAUGACUUCCUUCUUUCUGAACUGCUCUGGCCAGCGGCCCCGCCCUUGCGAUACUACGACGAUCCAAGCGCGGCUGCAUGAAACCCUACGUCUUUGUCUUUCUUGACUGACAACGUGGACGUCCUUUGAUUCUCCACAUACUCAGGCACCUCAUAGUCGGACUUGGUUCUGGUGACCGUUGUUGUCUCAAGAUACAGCAUAAUCUUCACAUCAUUAGAAAACACAUAGUGGUCUUCCAGCUCGGGCUCGCUUCCGUACCCUCCCCACACCCCUCCCGUUGAAGAUCGGGCAUGUUCGAGCAGCUAUACAUCCACUGCCCGUGGUGCUUGCCUGACAUGUUUAAGGAGAUGUUGUAAGAGUUCUUGCUGACACGUUCUAGACCAAGACGGUCGUGCCUCAUUCUGUAAGGGGAAUUCACCAUCUUCCCAAGAAAGCCUCCAGCAUACCCAAUAUCUCCAUUCCAGAUGCUGUUCUGUUCGUUUCCAUGCUCGCACAGUCGUCCCUAGUAGAUGAUGCACGACGCUGGCAUCAAUAGAGAAACAAUCAACAGACGCGUGAGUGUCGUGCAAGCUCACACACAAAAUAGAAGUUGAG